AUGACGGCGUUAACGCAAUCCACGCCCAUAACAAAUAAUUUGCAAGUGACACCGAUUGUAAACAAUCAUCCAGUUUACUUUGACGAAGCUGGCAAAUUACAACUGAUUCAUGACGAAUGGACACUGCUCAUCUACUAUAACCUAACAUCAUACUGGCAAGCCACUAACAAGAUCAGCGCAUACAUCGAUCAAAUUGACACCUUGUGCCACAGGAUCUCACACGAGUAUCCGCCUUGCGAAACAGUUGUCAGCCAUUUACGUCAUGAACUGGAACACCUUGCAGAAUACAAUUCAAUUCUGUUGUCGCAACAUUCCAGACAAAGACGUGGCUACUUUGAUGGAAUUGGCAAGUUAUCGAGAACGUUAUUUGGGACCCUUGAUGUGGAAUUUGCAAACAAAUACGAAAAGGAUAUACAAAACAUGCAAUUAAACGAUAAUUAUUUAUUACAACUAAUGAAAAAUCAAACUUUGAUCAUAGAAGCAGAAAACAAUGUUGUCAAAAGAAACGCUGAGUUCAUGGAAAAACAACUCCAAGCAAUUAAAACAUACAUGAAUAGAUCAUGCAACGUCAUCACAAAAAUCGAGAACCGCGCGCAAAUGUUGUUUACAAUAGAUGAUAUCAAUUCUGCUGCGGUGACAUCAACUUUAAUUUUCAAGGAGCUGAACAGGAUUCUAGAAAUGCUAAUUAAUGCCUUAAGUAACAUCAACAAAGGUCAUUUAGACACUCACCUGUUUCCAGCAUCCCAACUGAUCGAACAACUUAAUAUCAUAUCGGGAAGAUUACCCCAAGGACUGUCGUUGCCUGUGAAAGAUAUUCAAAAGGAUUUCCUAAACAUCUACGAUCUAACUCACGUCAAAGCUCGAAUAACAAACAACUUCUUUCUAUUUGAACUUCACAUCCUGUUACUGAGUGACGAAGAUUAUAAAAUAUAUCGAGUCAUACCGAUACCAUUUUUACAACAAGGGCACUUAACACUUCUACAACCUGGCUCCAAUUUUAUUGCUAUUAACUUCGUGAAGAACUCCUACAUAACUAUGGAAGAGCAAGACAUACGUCAAUGUACUGCGUACGGAGAAGAUGAAUUUAUCUGCAUAUCGCACCAACCAGUCUACAGCUUACACGAUGAGGCUGCGCCUUGUGAAGCUAAGGUGUUCAGCCAACAGACGUCACUAUCGUGCAUUAUCCAUGACGUAACCUGCAAAGAAACCUGGACAAAAUUACAUAAGCCCAACUUGUGGCUGUUUACGUUGUGCGACAAACAGCUGAUGCGCGCCAUAUGUAGCGAUCAAGUUACGCCGACGGUCAUUGACGGAACUGGAAUAAUUUCAUUACAACCUAAGUGCAUACUACAGAAAAAGGAUGCCACGAUAGUUACCUAUAAUCACUUAGGUAGUAAUGUUUAUAUGAAAUCGGAUAUUGAAGUACCAACGAUAAACUCAACAAUAAACCAUAUAUUCGGUCUCGGAUGGAAAAAUGCACAACUAAACAUAAUGGAACAUGACACGGAGACAGCAAGUGAGGUGACAAGACUUAACCAACAGCUGGAAGACAUAAAGCACCAGGAAGUAUUACCGAAAACAUCCGACAUCUCGAGUCACGACAUAUAUCACUAUUCAAUAACUUCGCUUCUAUUGGGAGGACUGGCAGUACUUGCCAUAUAUUUUUCGUGGAAACGAUGCCGUAAGAUAACUACGGUCACGGAGAAUACUGUGAAACCAAAAGGAGACCACAACGUUGCCGUUGGAGAAGAAAUCGAGCUGCAAGAAGUACGCCAGCCGAGAUCAGCGGCACCAGUUCACAGCGGACAAGGACCGCAGAAGAAGAUGUUCAACUUCGAAGUACUUAUUUAAUAAUUAUACUUUUAUUUACACUUUAUUUUACUAUGAUUUGUUUGCAUAUUACUGCUACUUAUAUUUGUUUUUACUUGUACUUUUUUCCCUCGGGAGCAUGUACGGUUUACGUACAGGCAUUUUUUUUGCUAACGUCGCGCGACCUACUUUCGCGAGUCGAUUUAAUUAUUUUUGUAUUAUUUAGUGUUCAGUUGAUAAGAACUAUACCCACGAUUAGCAUCCCACGGAACUAGUGUAACUUGCACAAUAAACUAUUGAACGGGAAA